CGUGGCAAGAAGAGGGGAGUUGAAUCCUGAGGGAAUGGAAGUCUAGUGGAGCCUGGAAUGGGGUGGAAUGGGAGAAAGGGGAAGGGUACUAAACUGAUUGAAGACGCUGGACUUCUCCAAAGAGUGGGGUUAGAGGCUUGGCAUUGGAAGAGUUAGGGGUAAUAGGCAGGAGGUAGGGUUGAGUAGGUGAAAACAUAGCAUUUGGUUUUGAUGGGAAGAUAGGAAGGAGUAAGUGGAAGUGAGAGCGUGGCAUUUCUAUUGAAUUAUAAGAAAACCUAUCAGGGACAAGAUAUCAGAGAAAAAGUAUGGAUAUGAAGAAAAUUAAGUGGAUGAGUUUAGGAAGAUUUAAUAGGGGUGGGUGUAGUGGCCAAAAGGCAUCACUUUGGGUAGGAUAUGGGGGAAUCCAGAAGGGUAGGAGAGGUAUUUGGUUGGGAGACGGCUGAUAUGGACAGGUGUUUAGCUUAGGUAUCAGAAGUCUGAGAACUGAUUUUAGAGCUUUUGGUGAAUAUGGCAUCCAGUCUGGUAACCAGCCUGCAAGAAAGCUGGGAUAGUGGUAAAGAGAAAAAUAGAACACUUUCAUCACUUCUACUCUGAUUUCCUUUCUCCGUCUCUUCCUCUUCCCGACUUCAUCUGUUCCUCAGCUCAGGGAUGGGGGAUUGGGACUUCGGUGGCCAAGUCAAAGCCCCAUCGGGAGUUAUAUGUUGCUCUGAAUUGCUUGUUAUGUUCUCUGACUGGGGUGUUUACUGCCCAGGGCACCUCCUACCCAGAUUCCCGCGUUGCUACUUUCCUGACUCUAAAAGUUUGUUUUCUACUUACCAGAGAGUGUUUUAGUACCUCUGAGGGUUGUGUCAUAGUUAAGUGUAGUUUUGUGGGGGUAUGCAGAGUUUGCUCUACAAGCUCACUUGAUUCCUAUGUUUAAAAACUUUGCAUUAGUGUAAGUAAUUCUUGCAGAGACAUCGGUCUUUAUAGGUAUUCUAAGCACAGAAAAAUGUACUAUACUGAAGUUUGUUUUGUUAAUUGUUUCUUUCCCACUUGAGUUGCCAAAUGGAUGGUUGCAGUUAGUUUUAGCCAGCUUAUGUUUUUUUUUAAGUGGUGUAAAUAAAAUGGACACGUAUUUCAGGAAAGUGAAAAUUUUUCAGUUUCUUCUUUUGUGUCCAGAUCAGAAAGCUAAAGAUAUGUCAUAAUAUCUUAGGGGCAAGGGUUGGGGAAAUCAAACACAAUUUGUACUUAAACAUGGAGGAUAUAAGCUCCGCUCUGCUCUAUGAAAUAUGGGAGACGACAGACCGUUUGUGUGCAAUGCCCCGGGCUGUGGACAGAGAUUUACAAACGAGGACCACCUGGCAGUUCAUAAACACAAGCAUGAGAUGACAUUGAAAUUUGGCCCAGCCCGAACUGACUCAGUCAUCAUCGCAGAUCAAACUCCUACUCCAACUCGAUUCCUGAAGAACUGUGAAGAGGUGGGACUCUUCAAUGAACUAGCUAACUCCUUUGAACAUGAAUUCAAAAAAGCUGCAGAUGAAGAUGAAAAAAAGGCUGCUUCUGGGCCCCUUGACAUGUCUCUGCCUUCUACACCAGACAUCAAAAUCAAAGAAGAAGAGCCAGUGGAGGUAGACUCAUCCCCACCUGACAGUCCUGCCUCUAGCCCCUGCUCCCCACCGCUUAAGGAGAAGGAUGUUGCCCCAAAGUCUGUUGUGAUCUCUACUCCCACGCCUACCAUCGUACGCCCGGGCUCCCUGCCUCUCCAUUUGGGCUAUGAUCCACUUCACCCAACCCUUCCUUCCCCAACCUCCGUCAUCACACAGGCUCCCCCAUCCAACAGGCAACUGGGGUCUCCCACCGGCUCCCUCCCUCUCGUCAUGCAUCUUGCUAAUGGACAGACCAUGCCUGUGCUGCCAGGGCCUCCAGUACAGAUGCCUUCUGUUAUAUCGCUGGCCAGACCUGUGUCUAUGGUGCCCAACAUUCCUGGUAUCCCUGGCCCACCAGUUAACAGCAGUGGUUCCAUUUCUCCCUCUGGCCACCCUAUGCCAUCAGAAGCCAAGAUGAGACUAAAAGCUACCCUAACCCACCAAGUCUCCUCAAUCAAUGGUGGUUGUGGAAUGGUGGUGGGGACUGCCAGCACCAUGGUGACAGCCCGUCCAGAGCAAAGCCAGAUCCUCAUCCAGCACCCUGACGCCCCAUCCCCGGCCCAGCCACAGGUCUCACCAGCCCAACCCACUCCUAGUACUGGAGGUCGACGUCGGCGCACGGUUGAUGAAGAUCCAGAUGAGCGGCGACAGCGCUUUCUGGAGCGCAACCGGGCUGCAGCCUCCCGCUGCCGUCAAAAGCGGAAGCUGUGGGUGUCCUCCCUAGAGAAGAAGGCUGAGGAACUCACUUCUCAGAACAUUCAGCUGAGUAAUGAAGUCACAUUACUACGCAAUGAGGUGGCUCAGUUGAAACAGCUACUGCUAGCUCAUAAAGACUGCCCAGUCACAGCGCUACAGAAAAAGACCCAAGGCUAUUUAGAAAGCCCCAAGGAAAGCUCAGAGCCAACGGGUUCACCAGCCCCUGUGAUUCAACACAGCUCAGCAACAGUCCCGAGCAACGGCCUCAGUGUUCGCUCUGCAGCCGAAGCUGUGGCCACCUCAGUGCUCACUCAAAUGGCCAGCCAAAGGACAGAACUGGGCAUGCCCAUACAGUCGCAUGUGAUCAUGACCCCACAGUCUCAGUCUGCAGGCAGAUGAUGCCUCCCCUGGUGGAGGGGUCCCCAGCCAGAGCUCGCCCGCCCGAGAGUCAAGAGAGACGUCAUCUUACGCUCUCCCGUCUGCCUUGGACACGGCAAUAUGGGGGAGGGAAUUGCGUAUUGUGAGUAAUGGUCAGAUGUGGGGCUUUUCUCACACAGUCAUGUACGUUGACACCUGUACUAGGAGCCUCCCAGCCCCAGAGCCACAUAGAUCAUUCCCCAAGAGGGGAGUUUCUGAUGUACCCACAGCCAGAGGCCUUUAUGGAUGGUCUGAACAAUCACCCUGCCCAUGCACGUGUACCUGUCUCUUAACACUAACGCUUGCACUUCUGGGAUUCAGUUUCUCAGUUGCCUCUCUUCCCACCCAGCCAUGGAUGAUACCUUCUUGAUCCUUAGCAGCAUGCCACUUCCUGCUCGGUAGAGGGAGGCUAGAGUUGACAGCAUAUCACUGCUGACCCGUCCCUAGCCACCCUGUGGACUCAGGACUUCAUCUCCCAGUAGCUGCUUAUUGGUCCCAUUUUCCCCUUCAUAAAUUCUAGUUAAAACAUGGACUUACGGAGAAUGUAAGGUUACCUCUAAUGUAUGAAUUAGCAGUAUUUCCCAGCUCUUCCAUAAACUUUAGCCCUUCUCCCUACCAGCCACCAAAAACAAAAAGAAAUGAAAUCUUAAAAGUUCUAGUACUUUCUCAUUUAUUUCAGAGCUAUUUGGGUACCUCAUUUUUUCUCUUGAGUUUUCCCAGUCUGGUGGUGAGGUCUUUUCCACCUCCCACUAAGCCUUAGCAACUUCAUCUUAUGGCCUUAUUAGAUACUGCUCAGUAGUGAAAAGAGAAAACGCCCAGGAUCUGACUGGCUGAUUCCCUUCCCCUCUAUCCUCCAGGACAGAGAGGAACAAUGUAGUUUUAAAGCUUGUUCCAUCAGUUUACUGGAUUGAUUAUGUUUUACAACAGUAUAUCAGCCAAAGCAUACAUACUCCUUUUGGUCAUCUUUACACUCCUGUGUCUCUGUCUCUUUGUCCCCCUGCCUGCGUCCCUGCCUCUGUCUCUCUUCUGUAAUUGGUUCUGAUGCAGCCCUCUGGAGGCUGUCAUGUAGGGGACUUUUGUGCUCCCUCACUCCCCUCACCCCCAUCUCUCAGCCUCACAUGCCUGUCUUCUUUUAUGAGCAAGGGUCUUACAUGCACGAACGAGCCUCACUGAUCUACCUUCUUUCUCGCACGCGACUCCAAGCCUGGCCUCUAGGUCUCCUGGUUCUGUAGUGUUUCUUUCGCUCUUUUCUGCUCUCUGCCCCCGGGAUGUGAUGCUUCUCUGUAGUCUAAGCCCCAGGACUCAGGCAUCCUAGCCAAGGUCCAGAGUGGGUUUUCUUGAGUAUGAGAUAGGUUGGAAGGAGGCACGGGAAGGGGAGGUGGAAUACUGAUGUCCACCAAAGAGCCCUGUUUGUUGAAAGGUCCAACCUGCUGGGAAAUUAGUGACUAUUGCUCUCAGCCAUUCUUACUUUGAAAAGUUGGGUUGCAGGGGGGACAUUUUUAUCCUUCUUGCCCCUCUUUCUUCCCCAUUAAGACUUCUCGUCUUCCUUUGGCUCUGAACUAUGCAAUUUCUACCAAGGCCAUAGGAAGCAGUCCAAAGCCAGAGGCCUGUGGAUAGAUAGGUCAGCUUUAAUAGCCCUUCAGUAUGAAUCCCUUCCAAUUGUCCCAGAGCCACUUUCUGCCAUCUGCCUAUGUCAGUAAUGUCCCUUUCUCUCUGUCUCUCUCUCUCUUUCCUACUUCCAUCUUAUACAUGCAUACAGAGUAACUGCCAGCUUCCUUUCUUAUCUUCCAAAAUUGGCUGUCAGAGACGAAUGAGGAAAUGGUCUAAACUACAAGAUCCCUGUCUCCUCAGACUGAUAAACUGGUGAGCCAGCCAGAUGACAUGUUUACUGCAUUUGUUUUUAAUUUCCCUUCCUGUGUUCAGAGCUGGUGCUGAAGAAGCCACACCUGGUGAAGAGAAAGGAGAGAAAAACAUGGUUUUCUCAUCCUCCCCCACCUAGGACCCAACAGGAACAGCCCCUGUGGUGACUCAGACUAGCAAACGGCACGGCAGAUGGUCAGGAUACAGGUUACCACCUCCAGGGACUCUGCUUGCCUUUAAAACUUCACAGCCAUACUUAUGCUCAGGACAUUUCCUGUAGAUGGUUGCUGUCUGGGAUUUUCUUCUGCCUUAGCUGUGUUUCAUUUUUUUGUUACCUUGAUUUCCCACUAGUAGCCUUGCCCUAAAGCUUGACUGCGUUUAUGGCUCCUAAGGAGCCUUCAUAAGGCCCUUGGCUAAUUUUCUUCCCCCUUUAGUCAAGUGUCUUCAAGUUAAGGAUCAGGCUGGCACUGCACGUGUGUGCCUCACUGCCUAACCUUGAGGGAAGUUGGAGUCCCUGCUGGUCUUCCCUGGGUAGGAAGUCUAAUUUAUGGAGCGGGUCUUAAUUUCUUAGUCCCCAUGUCUAAGUAAGUCCUUAUUUUAUUUUCAUCAGUGGGAAGUUAGUCCUGGGGACCUGAGAGGCAUUGGCAGAACCUUAGUGGAGCAGCAGUGAGUUGUGGAAGGGACUCGACAGGACCGCCCCGACCCGUACAGCUCUCUUGUUGGUCCUUGGUCUCACUGAGAAGGCAGAGCAAUUGCUUGAGCUGAAGCCUCUCCUGUAGUCAAGGAGAAUGACACUUACCUUGUUACUGCAGCCAGCUGUGUGGCCACUCACCCCGCUCCUUGCCUUCCAGACCCAUAUGAACCAGAACAAACAUCAUGGAGGGUGUCACUUACUCCUUCUGAAGGACCAUGGCCUUUCUAUGGGCCUAAGGGAGGACACAUUCUGAAAGCGGCUGGGAAUGGGCUUCCCUGGGGGCUCAGAUGGUAAAGAAUCUGCUUGCAAUGCAGGAGACCCAAGUUCCAUCCCUGGGCCAAAAAGAUCCCCUGGAGAAGGGAAUGACUACCCAUUCCAGUAUUCUUGCCUGGAAACUUCAAUGGACAGAGGAGCCUGGCAGGUUGCAGUCCGUGGGGUUGUAAACAGUUGGACACAACUGAGCGACUAAUACUUUCACUUUUAAGGGAAGACAUUUUCUGAAAGGGGAAUAGUGAUGCCUUGGGACUUUCCUAAGUGAACACAGGACUCAGUCCUCCCACUCACCCCAAGGACACAGCUGCUAGAGAUGCAAGGCCAUAGAGGAGGGGCCAGAACCAGGUCUUCUGGUUCACAGACUUUAAGCCACGUUGUCUUAAAGCUUGUUUGGAGUUGAAAAGUCUGGGAAAGCCUCCCACUCUAUUAGGAAGGACUAGAAGGAGUAGGACCUCCUUUGCUUCAUCUUACCCUGUUGGUUGUAUGUCCCAAAUCUGGCUUCCUUUGGCCUCUGGUCCCCUCCUUGGCCCUGAGCCCUAGACUCUACACUCUUGGUGGCAGUAAGGAGGAGAUGGCGUAACUGAACCACAUUUUGCUGCCUUCCCUAUGCCUGUUCUGCUGUUCAGUUCCUUUCCUGAUUUACUGCCCUCCCGCACCACCCAUCCUGGUAGACGGUGCUUUACCAUAACAACGCCCCAACUACAGCCUGAAACCACCAAGCAGACACCAAAGUAUUCCUCCCCUGUUCGCUCACACUGAGAGGCUCCUUGAAAGGUGCUAGCCCUGAGACAGCUCUUCCCCACAAGGAUCCCAUUUCUUUCCUAACUUCCUUCCCAUCCCGAAAUCAUUAUUUUUCAGUAAUAUUAUACAUUGUAUACACAGGAAGGAAAUGUACUCUUUUUUUUUUUUUAAUGUCAUAACCAGUCUGUUUAGAAUCCAGUCCUUCUAGCUGUAUAUCACAUAUGCCUUUGUUGAUACGCUCUUUCUGCUUUCUUUAGACAUUUUUUGACAGGGGUGGAGGGAAGAGCAGGACAGGUGAGGAUCCUAAGGCAAAUUAAAGGAUCCUGCCCCGCAGUCCUACUUCAGCCUCCCACAACCCUAAUCAUUCCCUUCAUUGUAGAGAACUGAUUUCUCUGUUUCUGCAUGCACGCAUGCAGGCGCACACAGGCCUAAACGCCACACUCCAGGGCGGUGACCCGGCAGGAAUGAGCAGAGAUGGUUGCUGGCCAGCAUUCCCACCCUCCAGACCCGUUCAUUCGUUUCUGUUUGGGGUAAAGUUCUUCCCAGAAUGAGAAGGGGCUGGGGAGUGUAGGGCAGCUUAGGGCAGCUUCCGUCCUUGGCAGAUGCAGGUUUGUAUCACAGAGUUUCUCUUUUUAAUGGGGGCUGGUAGCCUAGAGCUGUCUCAUCAGCAUUAACCUCUGGUGAGUGCUGCUUUAGCUGUAAGAAGUGGCUAUGAGCACUAGUUUCACUGACUUUCCCUUAGGGCAGUGGUUCUGAGAAUGUGGUCCGGGACCAGCAGGACCAUCGUCUGAGAACUUGUUAGACAUGCACGCUCGGGCCCCAUUCCAGACAUACUGAAUCAGAAAUUCUGGGGAUGGGCUCUGACAAGCACUCAGAGCCAUUUUCAGACACACUGAGGUUUGAGAACCAUUGCCUUAGGGGCGAGCUGGGAAAUCCUUGUAGGGUGUCCCAUCCUCUGCCGCAGCACUAACAUUUUUCCAUUUUGUCCAGUCCCUCUCUCCACUGCCAUUAAAACAAUAACAACAUCACUCAUCUCAAAACCUAGAUUUGUCUUCCUGUACUUACCCCCAAAACCUGUCCUGCAUGGAUCCGGACAGGAGUUGGCCCAUACCCCCUCGCGGACGGAUUACUCCAUGUUCUUUGUUACAGGAAGGACCAGCUGUCCUGUUCUCCCACCCACCACACCCCCUAACACACCUUUCAGGCAGGGAGAUGAGCCUCCAGCCCCAGCAGUGGAAGCCAUAGUCUCCUGACAUAGUAUCUGUUGAAAAGAAAGCUGUGUGUAUCUAUGGUUCUUUCUCUGUUCAUCUGUAUAUCUUUGACAUGUAGCAACACCUCUCCAUGUCAUUAAGGAACUUGACUCUGGGUCUGGGUUUCCCCGGGCCCCAGUGGUGGACUUUGACAGGCAGGAGGAUGCAGUGCUACAGGCUGUUUUGUUACAAAACUGUCUUCCUUUCUCCCCCCACCCACUUCAGCAUGAUCCCUGUGAGCAGGUUCUCACAGUCUCCUGGGACGGGGCUGAGGCGGAGGCUUCACUCUAUUCUCCCUUCCCGUCCCUCCUCCUCUCCCCUCGCCACAUAGCAGUCACCCCAGCCAUGCCUUCUCCCUCUCCCAGCCUUGCCCUGACGUAUAUUGUGCCUUAUUUAUGCUGCAAAUAUAACAUUAAACUAUGAAGAGAACCAC